AUAUGUAAGCUGACAAGAGGUAGACAAACACCUUCUGAAGUUUUAUGCAUGCUGCGUUUUCUCUCCUUGCUGCAACAAGAAAAGCCUUUGUUUUCCAACCUGGCAGCCUUUGAAGAAGUGACUCAGACAUCUUCAUGGCCUCUAAAGAUGCCCAGAACCAAAGAAGAGGUCUGCCUAGUUUUCUUCCUGGAGCUCCAGACCCAGACCAAAACCUUCCUGCCUUAUCUUCCAAUCCAGGGAACCAAGCAUGGCAGCUGAGUCGCCCUUUGCCAAGAAGUUUCCUGCCAACAGUCAGUCUCCCUCCUGGUCUAGAAUAUUUAAGCCAGUUAGACCUGAUAAUUAUACACCAGCAGGUGGAGCUGCUUGGAAUGAUACUUGGUACUGAGACCUCCAACAAAUAUGAGAUUAAAAACAGCUUGGGACAAAGAAUUUACUUUGCAGUGGAGGAAAGCAUCUGCUUCAAUCGUACUUUCUGUUCCACUCUGCGAUCUUGCACCCUGAGGAUCACAGAUAACUCAGGUCGAGAGGUCAUUACAGUGAAUAGGCCCUUGAGAUGUAACAGCUGCUGGUGUCCUUGCUACCUCCAAGAGUUAGAAAUCCAAGCCCCUCCUGGUACUAUAGUUGGUUACGUUGCACAGAAGUGGGACCCCUUUCUGCCUAAAUUCACAAUCCAAAAUGCAAACAAAGAAGACAUUUUGAAAAUUGUUGGUCCUUGUGCGACAUGUGGCUGUUUUGGCGAUGUGAAUUUUGAGGUGAAAACCAUUAAUGAAAAGCUUACAAUUGGGAAGAUUUCAAAGUACUGGUCAGGAUUUGUAAAUGAUGUCUUCACAAAUGCUGACAAUUUUGGAAUUCAUGUUCCUGCAGAUCUAGAUGUAACAGUCAAAGCAGCCAUGAUCGGUGCCUGUUUUCUCCUUGAUUUUAUGUUCUUUGAACAUUCACUGGCUGGAUUAUAAUAACCAAGAUAAUGAAAACAAUAAAAUAUGCUGAGCAUAUUUCAAAAUCCCUUGGGCUCUGGAUUUCAUUUCUGAAUGAUUUGAGUGUUUGCUUUUCUGUAAAAAAAAAAGUUAAUUACUAUAUUUAUUAAAACAGUUUAAUGAGGCAAUUAUCUAGUUGUGAAUGCAUGAUAGCUAAAUACGUGAUUACUGGCCUGAGCGCAAGGUUGCUUUGAGAGAUUACCAUUCUUUCUUUUUAUCCUUUUGAAGUUAUUGCAAUGGUAAGCAUGAAAGAUGAGAACUAAGGCUUGCAGCAUCACUGAUGAAAAUUCAAUGUUUAGAGAACACUUUGAAGUUUUUCUGGUACUAAGGCUGGUUGCUAAUCAAAAGGACUGAGUUUCUAAAACAUUUUUUCAAAAGUAGUCCCUUUAUACUUUGUAUAUUAAUUUUCUUAUUGUAGUGACAUAUUACUACUUUACACUGGAAAAGUUAAAAGCUGGGUAAAUAAUACAUCUAAAGAUGAAGAGGAAGAUAGAUGGUAUCAAUUCAUUCUAGUGGUAAGAGGCACAGUUACAUUCCAUAAAGAAACUAGUAUUUACAAACCAAAGAAUGCUUUAUACACCUAGUCAUGCCAGAGAUUUAAAUAAGCAUAUAAACAGACCUCUAAGUCCCACAGUGUUGUCUAGCAGGAAUUUUAUCUAUUUGCAGAGAAAAUUCAGUCAGUUAAGGGAUCUAAGUCUCUGAAAAAUAGACAACUCAAGGACUUAAAAACAAGCAAAGGAAACCAAAUAAAUAAAAUCUUAAUCCAUGAGUCAAAUGCAGAAGUAAAAGAGUACGGUACAUUCAAUUAAAUUAGUAUCUUUCAGCAACA